GGAAUAUGAAUACCAUAACAUAACCUCUUGUUAUUGCAUUUGCGGGGAACACAGAAACGCUCCCCCUCUAUUCUCCCAAGUACACACAAACAAACAAAACCAAAUGCUGUCAAUCCCAGAACGCUAAAAUCCCUCUUUUAAGCUCUCACCACCACCAACGUUUUUCUUCUCCCAAAUGGCAACAACGGUUAUAUUCUUCAGCUUAACCCUCGUCGCAUUCUUCGCUACCCUAAACAUAACCUUCGCCCACAACAACACUGCGUUAGAGAUUCAAGCCUUAACCUCUUUCAAGCGCAACCUCCACGACCCUCUCGGUUCCUUGGACACUUGGGACCCAUCCACGCCAUCAGCACCCUGCGACUGGCGCGGCAUUGUCUGCCACAACAACCGAGUCCACCAGCUCCGCUUACCGCGUCUCCAACUCGCCGGUCAACUCGCUCCGAAUUCUCUUUCCAAUCUUCUUCAACUCCGCAAACUCAGUCUCCACUCCAACAACCUCAACUCCUCCAUCCCCCUUUCUCUCACGCGCUGCGUCUUUCUGCGCGCCGUUUACCUCCACAACAACAAACUCUCCGGCCACCUUCCUCCGCCGCUCCUAAACCUCACCAACCUCCAAAUCCUUAACCUCGCCGGCAACCUCCUCACUGGAAAAGUCCCCGGCCACCUCUCCGCCUCCCUCCGUUUCCUCGACCUCUCCGACAACGCCUUCUCUGGCGACAUUCCGGCGAACUUCAGCUCCAAAUCCUCUCAGCUCCAGCUCAUCAACCUCUCUUACAACAGCUUCACCGGAGGAAUACCAGCCUCCAUCGGAACGCUGCAAUUUCUUCAGUACCUAUGGUUAGACUCAAACCACAUUCACGGAACCCUACCUUCUGCUCUCGCGAACUGUUCCUCUCUGGUGCACCUGACCGCAGAGGAUAACGCUCUCACUGGACUUCUUCCUCCCACCCUCGGAACCAUGCCGAAGCUUCAAGUGCUUUCGCUUUCGCGGAACCAGCUUUCCGGUUCGGUCCCCGCGUCUGUGUUCUGCAACGCGCACCUACGAAGCGUGAAGCUCGGGUUUAAUUCCCUCACGGGAUUUUACACGCCGCAAAACGUGGAAUGCGACAGCGUUUUGGAGGUUUUGGAUGUGAAAGAGAAUCGCAUUGCUCACGCGCCGUUUCCCUCGUGGUUGACCCACGCGGCGACGACGUCGUUGAAGGCCCUCGAUCUUUCUGGAAACUUCUUUACCGGUUCUCUGCCGGUGGACAUUGGGAAUCUUUCUGCGUUGGAAGAGUUGAGAGUGAAGAAUAAUUUGUUAUCCGGUGGAGUUCCGCGUAGCAUUGUGAGAUGUAGGGGUUUAACGGUUCUUGAUCUUGAGGGUAACCGGUUCUCUGGGUUAAUUCCUGAGUUUCUUGGGGAACUGAGGAACCUGAAGGAGUUGUCUCUUGCCGGUAACAAAUUUACCGGUUCGGUGCCUUCUAGUUAUGGAACGCUUUCUGCGCUUGAGACGCUGAAUUUAAGUGAUAAUAAGUUAACCGGUGUGGUGCCUAAGGAGAUCAUGCAAUUGGGGAACGUGAGCGCUUUGAAUUUGAGUAAUAACAAAUUUUCAGGUCAAGUUUGGGCCAAUAUUGGAGAUAUGACGGGUUUGCAGGUUCUUAAUUUGAGUCAGUGUGGGUUUUCAGGUAGGGUUCCUAGUUCGUUGGGGAGUUUGAUGAGACUAACGGUGUUGGAUUUGAGCAAGCAGAACCUCUCGGGUGAGUUGCCCCUUGAGGUUUUCGGGUUACCGAGUCUUCAAGUUGUGGCGCUUCAAGAGAACCAUUUGAGUGGUGAUGUUCCUGAGGGUUUCAGCAGCAUAGUUAGUCUGCGGUAUCUUAAUCUCAGUUCAAAUGAAUUUGUUGGUAACAUUCCAAUAACUUAUGGGUUCCUUAGUUCCUUGACGGUUCUCUCUUUGUCUCACAAUGGUGUUUCUGGUGAAAUACCUCCUGAGAUUGGUGGUUGUUCGCAACUUCAAGUUUUGCAGCUGCGGUCAAAUUUUCUAGAGGGUAACAUUCUGGGUGAUAUCUCUCGUCUCUCUCGUUUAAAGGAGCUUAAUUUGGGGCACAAUAGGUUGAAAGGUGAUAUCCCAGAUGAAAUAUCAGAGUGUCCUUCUUUGAGUUCACUCUUGUUGGAUAGUAAUCACUUCACGGGUCAUAUACCAGGUUCAUUGUCAAAAUUGUCAAAUUUGACGGUGUUGAACCUUUCUUCGAAUCAAUUGACAGGGAAAAUUCCGGUUGAACUAUCAAGCAUUUCUGGUUUGGAGUAUUUAAAUGUGUCUAGUAAUAACCUUGAGGGUGAGAUUCCUCACAUGCUAGGUGCUACAUUCAAUGACCCUUCUGUGUUUGCAAUGAACCAAGGGUUAUGCGGGAAGCCCUUGCACAGAGAAUGUGCGAAUGAAAAAAGGAGAAAGAGGAGAAGGCUGAUAAUCUUCAUAGGCGUGGCCGUGGCCGGUUUAUGCCUCCUGGCGCUGUGUUGUUGUGGUUAUGUAUACAGCCUCUUGAGGUGGCGCAAGAAGCUUCGUGAAAGGGUGACCGGUGAGAAGAAACGGAGCCCCACAACAAGUAGUGGAGGAGAGAGAGGCAGCAGAGGGAGUGGGGAAAACGGGGGACCAAAACUAGUGAUGUUCAACAACAAGAUCACGUUAGCGGAGACAUUGGAGGCAACGAGAAACUUCGAUGAAGAGAACGUGUUGAGCAGGGGAAGAUACGGCCUCGUGUUCAAAGCUUCCUACCAGGACGGAAUGGUUCUCUCUAUUCGUCGUUUUGUUGAUGGGUUCACAGAUGAAGCCACCUUCCGCAAGGAAGCAGAAUCACUAGGCAAAGUGAAGCAUCGAAAUUUAACAGUUCUACGUGGUUACUAUGCAGGCCCACCCGAUAUGAGACUUCUUGUGUACGACUACAUGCCCAACGGGAACUUAGGAACACUACUUCAAGAGGCGUCUCAGCAAGAUGGCCAUGUGUUGAAUUGGCCAAUGCGUCAUCUUAUCGCGCUAGGAAUUGCUCGGGGUCUAGCUUUCUUGCAUUCGAUGCCAAUAGUUCAUGGUGACGUGAAGCCUCAAAAUGUUCUCUUUGAUGCAGAUUUUGAGGCCCAUUUGUCUGAAUUUGGGUUGGAGCGGUUGACAUUAGCAGCACCAGCAGAAGCAUCGUCGUCCUCCACCGCAGUUGGGUCUUUAGGGUAUGUUUCACCGGAAGCUGCAUCGAGUGGGAUGGCCACAAAGGAGGGUGAUGUGUAUAGCUUUGGGAUUGUGUUGUUGGAGAUACUAACGGGGAAGAAGCCGGUGAUGUUCACGGAGGAUGAGGACAUAGUGAAGUGGGUGAAGAAGCAGUUACAAAGGGGACAAAUUUCGGAGUUGUUGGAGCCAGGGUUGCUUGAGCUUGACCCAGAGUCUUCGGAAUGGGAAGAGUUUUUGUUGGGUGUGAAAGUUGGUCUCCUAUGCACAGCGACGGAUCCUCUUGAUCGACCAUCCAUGUCUGACGUUGCUUUCAUGCUCCAAGGUUGCCGGGUUGGACCAGAAAUUCCAUCUUCAGCUGAUCCCACAACUCUACCUUCCCCUGCUUGAUAACAAAAAUAUUUGACAAAGAAAAUAAUUAUUCUAGCAAGUUUUUUUGUUGUUAAUGUUCACUUUUAAAUUUGUACAAAAAAAAAAAGAAAUUGUUUUG